UCAAUUAAAAAAAACAAAAACAAAAAUCUCGGGGGAAAUAAAACCCUAACUGCAACGGAAACUCAGAAUCAGAAUCCCCAAAAUCAUCGGAUCAGAUUCGUAAGCGAUGAUGGUCGACGGUGAUGAAACUGUUGAAGGUGGAGACUCUCAAUCAUCGGAUCUUCUUCAGAUGAACACUGCGGCGGCGACGACAGAGAUGGCUAUCCCGAGGCUGAAUCUGUUUCCUAACAAAAACCACAUUUCCGAUAGCUACGACGAUCUGGAACUGGAAUUUAGCUCUUCCAUACUAAGAUCGCUAGAGAAGUACUUGCCGAUGGAUAUGCUCACGGCGAACAGAGAAGAGAAGGGCAAAUUCAUGUCAGACAUUUUGGGCAAGUAUAUUUCCCGCGAAGAAUGUUCCCAAGCUAAACGGCGCAAGACAUAUAGGCAAGAGAUAACAUCUAAUUAUCAGCCACGUUUCAAGGGGUUGUAUAAACUUGAUCCCAAAUUGUUUUUGCUUCCCUCGUUUCGCAAGGCGAUCAGCGAAAACACAGAGGAAAGCUUCAGACGUAUCAUUUCUGAACCGUUUCCUGGUGUUUUCGUCUUUAAAAUGUUUCAGCCUGAGUUCUUUGAGAAAUUGCUAGUUGAGGUAGAGAAUUUCAGAAAGUGGGCUCAUGAGACAAAUUUCACGAUCAGGAGACCAGAUAACACGAUAUUCUUCCCUGAAGUGUGUGGAACAAUGUUUGACUCUCACUAUGGAUUUUUAACUGAAAAUGGUGAAGAUAGGGAUGCUGACGUAGACUUUCAUGUGGAAGAUUCAGAAGUAACAUUGAAUGUUUGUUUGAGUAAACAAGGUGAGGGAGGGGAAAUAUUUUUCGAAGGCACACGAUGCAAGAAACAUAUGGAUACAGAUCCAAAGCCAGAGGAAUAUUUUGAUUACUGUCAUAUACCGGGUCAAGCUAUAAUUCACCGUGGCUGCCACCGCCAUGGUGCCAGAGCCACGACAUUCGGUCGUCGGGCCAAUAUGAUUCUUUGGUGCCAAAACUCUUUGUUUAGAGAGAUGCAAACUUAUGAGCCAGAAUUCUCAGACUGGUGCGGUCAAUGCGUCCAUGAAAUGAAAGAAAAGGAAAGCCAAAUUCUUGCUGCUAAAAGAAGGGAGUUGAUUAGGAUAGAGAGUUGAGAGUGAAGCCGAAGCUCCACGAAAAAACUGAAGUUUAUGCUUUGACAUUUGACUCUUUACUUGGAAAAAAUAAAAACCGAGUAUAUGU